GUCCCUCCUGCGCGGCAUCAGCUUCGCCAGCCUCGCUGGGGCAGCCCAUGGAUGGACUUUCAAGUUCGGCAUGGACAUCGAUUGGAAGCCCUAUGCCUGGCAGAACGCGACGACCAUGGAGCUCAUGGGCUUGGGCAAGGACAUCGCAGAUGGCAUGACGGCUCUGUGUGACAACUUGACCAUUGAAUCCGUGCAGACCAAUUGGCUCGACUGCUGGACUUCCGAUGGCCAGCUUGGACCCAAGCUCGUCGAUGGCACACUGGAUGCAUGCAUGACUUACAGCCAUGGACGUGGAUCACGUGACACGAAUGCAGACUGGUCCAUCGCCAUCCUCGAUGACAACAAGCCGGCGGGCCUGAUGACCCUGUUGACGAAUGGUGUGCCGUCAGUCAGCGGCUGGGACGAUCUCGCAGGGAAGACGGUGAUUGAUGUCGGUGGUUGGGCACCCACCGCCGACGGUAUUGGCUAUGUGACCAACAAGUGCUCGAACAUGCCGUACUCGGACAGCAUUAUCAUUGUCGUCGGCCCAGAGAACGAUGAUGCAAUGAACAUGCUGCGCAACGGCACCGGGGACGCCGUGUUCAUCUACGCGGACCAGGCGGCGCUCUACCAGUGCUCUGCAGUGGGUGACGCUACGGUGACGUUCAAUUGCAGCCUUUGGGAUGGGUUUGGCACGGAGUACGCGUAUGUCCAAACGGGCCAGAAGGGCUAUGCUCUCAACGGUACCACUUUGGCGAUGACGAAGCCGGGCUCUAUGGUGCCAGGCCUUAUCAAUGGAUGCCUUGCCGAGUUCAUGCAGACCAAGGAGUACUACGACGUCUGCCUCAAGAACGGGAUGGUUGACCAGUGCUAUCCCAACAGCCACUUCCCAGUUGGAUCCAGCACCAUGGCCAACUACGAGAAGCCCACAAACGAGCUCACGGGUGACUGCUCCACAGGGUAUUGCCCAUGUGGGCCUGAGCCUACGACCACGACGGCAGCAGGUGUCACCACAAGUAGCGCAGUGGCCGUGAGCUUCGGACCAGUUGCAGGUCUUCUGUCCGCUCUCAUAGCAAGCAGCUGA